UUCCUCCGGCUGCCUCCAUCCCCCAGGCUGCUAAGGCACAAAGGUCUUCUCCCUAGAAUAGACUGAAUGUAAACAUGUAAACAUGUAAACUAAAAUGUAAACAUUUUAACAAAGAGUGGAGGUGCCCUUAAAAGCUUGGUGGAAGUAGGGCAGAGCAAAGUAUUCUGCCUUGGGUUCGCGCUGUGGUCUUUGAACAAGACCAAAUUCUGAAAAACAGCCCGAUGUAAUGGAAAAGCCAAGAGGACAAAGUCCGUUGGAUCAGUAGUCACUUGUCAGAGAGUUGACUGUUCACAGAGUUGAGUCAGCAGCUUGUGAGCUACCUAGAUAGAACUUCUUGUGGAUCUGAGUAGAUGCUUCUUAAUAAGAUUUUUCUAAUGUAAAAGAUCAUCCUGAACCAUGGAGGUCCUGCAGUGCGAUGGCUGCGAUUUUCGAGCUCCAUCUUACGAAGACCUAAAAGCUCACAUUCAGGAUGUUCACACUGCGUUUCUGCAGCCAACUGAUGUCUCUGAGGAGAGUCCUACCCAGCCGAGAUCUGGUUCUAUCAACGCUAGCAACCAGACCGAGGUUGAAUUUUCUUCUGUAAAGGAUGAAUUUGCAAUUGCAGAUGACAUAGCAGGGCAAAAUGCAACAAGUCAGAUGGGGACUGGAAGUUACUAUAGCCAGAGCCAGACUUUCUAUGGCCAGCAUAUGGCUCCAAAUCCUAAACCAACCAGCAAGUUUUUCCAGUGCAAGUUCUGUGUGCGUUACUUCCGUUCCAAAAACCUCCUCAUAGAGCACACACGGAAGGUUCAUGGAGCACAGGCUGGGGGGAGCUCAGUGGGGCCGCCAGCUUCUAGUUCCCUAAAUUACAACAUCAUGAUGCAUGAAGGGUUUGGUAAAGUUUUCAGUUGCCAGUUCUGCACCUACAAGUCACCCAGGCGUGCGAGGAUUAUUAAGCACCAGAAAAUGUAUCACAAAAACAACCUGAAAGAGAGUUCAGCUCCUGCUGCUGCUGCUGCUGCUGCUGCUGCUGCUGUGUCUGAAUCAACGUCUGCUUCUGUGCCAGUGCAGGAACCCUGCAAGGAGCUGCCGGCAGAGGUGGUGGAGCGGAGCAUUUUGGAGUCGAUGGUCAAACCCCUGACCAAGUCUAGGGGCAACUUUUGCUGUGAGUGGUGCAGCUACCAGACACCUCGGAGGGAGCGCUGGUGUGACCACAUGAUGAAGAAGCACCGCAGCAUGGUGAAAAUCCUGUCGAGCCUGAGGCAGCAGCAGGAUGGAACCAGCGCACCUGAGGUGCAGAGUAAGAGUGCCCAGAGUGCCUCUCCAAACUCGAAUUACAUGUCCAUGAACACAGCAGGACGUGAGAUGUCGAGUGCUAAUGUCUCUAACUUCAGGGGAUCUAUGGGCAAUUCACUUAUCAGGCCCAACUCUUCUACAUCUUCGAAGUUUUCUUCUGUGUCUUACCCUCAAAUGAAGCCUAAGUCACCUCACAACCCGGGCAUGGUUAAUUUGUCUGACAGAUCCCGCUAUGGAAUUGCUGAUAUGACGAAUUCUUCUGCUGACCUGGAAACAAGCAGUAUGCUAAAUGACUCCAGCUCAGAUGAAGAGCUAAAUGAAAUGGACAGCGAGAAUGGCUUAAACUCCAUGGAUCACCAGACCUCAGGAAUGUCUGCAGAGCAGCUGAUGGGAUCUGAUGGCAACAAACUAUUGGAAACAAAGGGAAUUCCCUUCAGAAGAUACAUGAACAGGUUCCAGUGUCCUUUCUGCCCUUUCCUGACAAUGCACCGCCGAAGUAUUUCCCGUCACAUUGAGAACAUCCACCUGUCUGGGAAGACGGCUGUGUACAAGUGUGACGAGUGCCCCUUCACCUGCAAGAGUUCCCUGAAGCUCGGUGCCCACAAGCAGUGUCACACGGGAACAACAUCCGACUGGGACACCAUGAACUCCCAGGCUGAGAGCAUUGCCUCAUCCCUGAAUGACAGCACGGUGUCUUACGAGACUGGGAAUAUCAACGGUAGGAAGUCAGCUGGGAUGAUGGAACCUGUGCAGCCACAGCCGCCGCCGUCGCAACCACAGCAGCAGCAGCAGCAGCAACAAUCACCCCAGCCCCAUUCACAGCAUCCAUACAAGUGCACGUUGUGCAACUAUUCCACCACCACUUUGAAAGGCCUCAGAGUUCAUCAGCAGCACAAGCAUUCGUUCUGUGACAACUUGCCAAAAUACGAUGGGCCGCCAUCAAGUGCACCGCAGGAGAGCGAGGCAGAUGCUCACCCCUCUGCCAGCACCGUGAAGAAGAGCCAAACCUCCAUCCUUGGGCUCUCAUCUAAAAAUAACUUUGUUGCAAAAGCCCCUAGGAAGGUCUCAAAUGACUUCCCUUUAGAUCUCUCUCCCGUGAAAAAAAGAACUAGAAUUGACGAAAUAGCGAGCAACCUGCAGAGCAAGAUCAGCCAAAACAAACAGCAGGAGGAUGCUGUGAUUAACGUAGAGGAUGAUGAGGAAGAGGAGGAGGACAAUGAGGUGGAGAUAGAGGUGGAGUUAGACAGAGAGGAAGAACAAUCAGAACCAAUGAUAGAGGUUUCCAGUUCUUACACACCCCAGCAAAUGUGGGGCAGAGAGGCUAAUGAUUCCCAGAAGGAGACAAGCUUUAGGAGCAUGCAGCAUGACUACAAUUCCACCAAUGGGGCGGAGAUUGAGCUCACUUUGUCUGAAGAUGAGGAGGACUACUACUCUGCUGUCAGCAUGAAGGACCACCAGAGCCCUAAUGCCUCUGUUCUGGGCAGCCAGUCCAACGUGUACGGUACCGACCAGAACAACGAGAAUUCGGAGUUCAGUGACUCUGGCAGGCUUUACUACUGUAAACACUGUGAUUUCAGCAACAAAUCUGCCAGGAGUGUCAGCACCCACUACCAGCGAAUGCAUCCCUACAUUAAAUUCAGCUUUAGGUACAUCCUGGAUCCCAAUGAUCAUAGUGCAGUGUACCGGUGUCUUGAGUGCUACAUUGACUACACAAAUUUUGAAGACCUGCAGCAGCAUUAUGGAGAGCAUCAUCCUGAAGCUAUGAAUGUACUGAACUUUGAUCAUUCUGAUCUGAUCUACCGCUGCCGCUUCUGCUCUUACACAAGCCCAAAUGUUAGAAGCCUGAUGCCACAUUACCAAAGAAUGCAUCCCACAGUGAAAAUUAACAAUGCAAUGAUAUUUUCAAGCUAUGUUGUUGAGCAGCAAGAAGGGCUGAACACAGAGUCUCAGACACUGAGAGAGAUCUUGAAUUCUGCUCCAAAAACUAUGGCAACCUCCACCCCUGUGGCUCGCGGGACUGGUGUGCCAGCUGGUUUUAACAAAAGUGCCACCAAGAGUUUCAGUCCUGAAUGUGAAAAUCAGAAGGAACCUUCAGUCAACACUGUGGUUGUUUACGACUGUGAUGUGUGUUCAUUUGCAAGCCCUAACAUGCAUUCAGUUUUGGUGCACUACCAGAAGAAGCACCCCGAAGAAAAGGCCUCAUAUUUCAGAAUCCAGAAGACCAUGCGCGUAGUCUCUGUUGACAGGGGCUCUGCCCUCGCCCAAAUGUCGUUUGAACUGGGUGCUCCCAUCUCCCCGAAACUCUCCAACUUGGCUUCUCAGCCUCCACCUCCCCCACCACCACCCCCAGACCUCUCUACUGAGCUCUACUACUGCAAACACUGUUCCUACAGCAACCGCUCCGUUGUGGGGGUGCUUGUCCACUACCAAAAGAGGCACCCGGAGAUCAAGGUCACAGCCAAGUACAUCAGGCAGGCCCCGCCGACCGCAGCCAUGAUGCGGGCAGGGGAGCUGCCACCGGGCAUCCAGAGGCCACCAGUGUCCAUGCAGCAGCUGGGCCGCGGUGGGUCUGAGAGCUCUGUGAACCCUCCGGAGAAUGAAAUGUUCUUCUGCCAGCACUGUGAUUAUGGGAACCGGACCGUGAAGGGUGUGCUCAUCCACUACCAGAAGAAGCACCGCGACUUCAAAGCCAAUGCGGAUGUGAUCAGGCAGCACACGGCCACCAUCAGGAGCCUUUGUGACCGCGGCCAGAAGAAAUCAGCUGGCAGCCUGCCCGCCCAUACCUCCGGCACCGAGCGGGACAAGUCCAAGCUGAGAGCCCUCAAGUGCAGGCAGUGCAGCUACACCUCCCCUUACUUCUAUGCAUUGAGGAAGCAUAUUAAGAAAGACCACCCAAAUCUGAAGGCCACGGUGACAUCCAUACUGAGGUGGGCGUUUCUGGAUGGCUUGAUAGAAGCUGGUUAUCACUGUGAAUGGUGCAUUUAUUCACACACAGAGCCGAGUGGCUUGCUUGUGCAUUACCAAAGGAGACAUCCCGAGCAUUAUGUUGAUUAUACCUACAUGGCAACCAAGCUCUGGGCAGGUCCCGAUCCUUCCCCUCCUGCCCUAGUGAUGCCAACAGAAAUGAAGACCUAUAAAUGCAGAGACUGCAUUUUUGAGGCAUCUUCAAUUUGGGAUAUUACUAAUCACUACCAAGCAUUUCACCCUUGGGCCAUGAAUGGAGAUGAAUCUGUGUUGUUAGAUAUCAUUAAGGAGAAAGAUACUUCUGAGAAAACCAUGCCACAGCCUGAUGAAGGUGGGGUCAGGAUGGAAUCUGAAGACCAGAUAGCAGCACCACAGAUGGAUCAGGAUGCAGAGUGUGCAGAGGAUCCCAGCCUUUCCCAUGAAAAAACUGUCCAGCUGGCUUCUGCAAAUCCUGCCAUCUCUUCCACUCCAUACCAGUGUACAGUGUGCCAGUCUGAGUACAACAACCUGCAUGGCCUCCUGACACAUUAUGGCAAAAAGCAUCCUGGCAUGAAAGUGAAGGCAGCAGACUUUGCUCAGGAUAUAGACAUUAACCCAGGGGCUGUGUACAAGUGCAGACACUGCCCAUACAUUAACACACGUAUUCAUGGCGUCCUCACACACUACCAGAAGCGGCACCCAUCAGUAAAAGUCACUGCUGAAGACUUUGUGCAUGACGUGGAGCAGUCGACUGACAUUGCUCAGAACGACGUGGAAGAGACAAGCAGGAUUUUCAAGCAAGGCUAUGGUGCUUACCGCUGCAAACUCUGCCCCUACACCCACGGAACCCUUGAGAAGCUGAAAAUCCACUAUGAGAAGUACCACAAUCAACCCGAAUUUGAUGUUUUUGCCCAGUCACCACCAAAGGUGUCUGCCUCAGUGGAGCCAGACAUGGUGACUGAAAUCAAGGCCUCCCCAGAAAUUACUGCUGAGGAUGUUGGAGAGGUCUCCAUGCCGGCACCCCAUUUCUCAAGUUCUCACUUAGUGUCACACACAGUUUUCCGGUGUCAGCUCUGUAAAUAUUUCUGCUCCACCCGGAAGGGGAUAGCAAGACACUACCGCAUCAAACACAACAACGUCCGGGCACAGCCAGAGGGCAAGAACAACCUCUUCAAGUGUGCUCUGUGCUCCUACACCAACCCCAUCCGCAAAGGGCUUGCGGCACACUACCAGAAAAGACAUGACAUUGAUGCUUACUACACUCACUGCCUGGCAGCCUCCAGGACAGUAAGCGACAAACCCAAUAAAGUGAUCAUUCCAUCUCCUCCCAAGGAUGACACUCCUCAGCUCAGUGAGGAGCUGAGGAGGGCUGUAGAGAAGAAGAAGUGUUCGCUCUGCUCCUUCCAGUCCUUCAGCAAGAAGGGCAUCGUGUCCCACUACAUGAAGCGUCACCCCGGUGUUUUCCCUAAGAAGCAGCAUGCCAGCAAGCUGGGGGGAUACUUCACUGCCGUGUAUGCUGAUGAGCAUGAAAAACCAGCUCCAGCUGAGGAGAGGAAUGACUUUGAAAAGCCUGAGGUGGAGGCUGAGGCUCAGGAAAUCGAGUGGCUUCCCUUCAGGUGCAUUAAAUGUUUCAAGCUGUCCUUCAGCACGGCAGAGCUGCUGUGCAUGCAUUACACUGACCACCACAGCAAGGAUUUGAAGAGGGACUUUUCCAUACUUGGAAGUGGCACCCGCUCUCAGAGCCCUGUCUACCAGUGCAAGCACUGUGAUACAAAAUUGCAUAGCACGGCAGAGCUGACUGCACACUUGAAUGGUCACAAUGAGGAAUUCCAGAAGCGUGCCAAACGUCAGGAGAGGAGGAAGCAGCUUUUGAGCAAGCAGAAAUAUGCAGAUGGUGCUUUUGCAGAUUUCAAACAAGAGAGGGCUUUUGGACACUUGGAAGAUGUUUCAAAACUCAAGGAGAGGAAGGUGGUUGGCUACAAGUGCAAAUUUUGCGUGGAAGUCCAUCCAACACUUCGAGCCAUCUGUAAUCACCUCCGCAAGCAUGUCCAGUAUGGGAAUGUCUCUUCUGUGUCAGCCACUGUAAAGGGUCUGCGAUCUCACGAGAGGAGUCACCUGGCUCUAGCCAUGUUUGCCCGGGAAGACAAGUACAGCUGCCAGUAUUGCUCCUUUGUCUCUGCUUUCAGGCACAACCUGGACCGUCACAUGCAGACCCACCACGGGCACCACAAGCCAUUCCGCUGCAAGCUCUGCCCCUUCAAGUCCUCCUACAACAGCCGCCUGAAAACCCAUAUCCUCAAGGCUCACGCUGGUGAACAUGCCUACAAAUGUUCCUCCUGCUCAUUUUCCACCAUGACAAUCAGCCAGCUGAAAGAGCACUCCUUGAAAGUGCAUGGGAAAGCACUGACACUACCAAGACCCCGCAUUGUCAACCUUGCAGCCUCACACGCCCACCACACCUCCAAGAACCACACUCCUGCUGAAGAAGUGGAGGACUCUAAUGACUCUUCAUACUCGGAGCCUCCUGAUGUUCAGCAGCAGUUGAACCACUACCAGUCUGCAGCUUUGGCCAGGAACAACAACAACAUCAGCCCAAUCCCACUUUCUGGGAGUGCUGCAGGAGUGGAAAAAGCGGAAGCCAUCCUUAACUGUGAAUUUUGUGAAUUCUCUUCGGGUUACAUACAGAGCAUCCGGCGCCACUACCGCGACAAGCAUGGAGGGAAGAAGCUCUUCAAGUGCAAAGAUUGUUCCUUUUAUACAGGCUUUAAAUCUGCUUUUACUAUGCACGUGGAGGCCGGGCAUUCGGCAGUCCCCGAGGAAGGACCCAAAGACCUUCGCUGCCCUCUCUGUCUCUACCACACCAAAUACAAACGCAACAUGAUUGACCACAUAGUUCUGCACAGAGAGGAGAGGGUCGUUCCCAUUGAAGUCUGCCGUUCCAAGCUGUCCAAGUACCUGCAGGGAGUCGUUUUCCGCUGUGACAAGUGUACCUUUACCUGCUCCAGUGAUGAGAGCUUGCAGCAGCACAUAGAGAAGCACAAUGAACUGAAACCUUACAAAUGCCAACUCUGCUACUAUGAGACCAAACACACAGAGGAGCUGGACACUCACCUUCGAGAUGAACACAAGGUGAGUCGUAAUUUUGAGCUGGUUGGACGGGUUAACUUGGACCAGUUGGAACAAAUGAAAGGGAAAACAGAGAGCUCUAGCAGUGAUGAAGAAGAAAAAGAAGAAGAGUUAAGCCCCAAGGCUCAAGAGAGAGUCCCGUCAUGGUUUGAAGAACAGGCCACCCAAUUCUUGAUGCUGACAACUCCACUUUGCCAAGUUCUCUGUACUUCAGCUAAAGAUCCCAUGGUGUUUCCUGACAGCAGUGCUCCAGAGAAACGCUUUCCGUGUGAGUUCUGCGGCCGGUCCUUCACCGAGGGCUCUGAGUGGGAGCGUCACGUGCUGAGGCAUGGCAUGGCGCUGAACGAGAGCAAGCAGAGGAGCAGCGAGGACAGCCACCCCAAGGAGGACGUGGAGGAAACAGCCAGCACGCUGCCGGAAGAGAAGGAAGGCAUCGAGACCAUGGUGGUGGACUACUCCCACGGCGGGGAAACAACCGUCAGCAUGGUGGCUGCUGACCAGCCUCUCCUAGACACCCCGGAGGCCAAAAACGAAUAAGUGUUUGGUGUGGUUCUAAUCGACAGUACUUGAACAGUGAUGAGCGGGGCGGGGCGGGCUGGGAGGGCAGAAGGAAGAAAUAAAGCUGCUUUUAGGACUGAAUGAUCUAUUUUCAAAGCACUGGUACCUGUGUGAGUGUGUGUAUAUUAGUUAUUUAAGUGAUGGAAUAAGUGGCACCAUUACAUCACUGCAUCUUUGUUUUCCUCCUGGAUCUGACAAUGGGAAGUUACGUUCAUCUUUGGACUAAUGAAGCAACUCCCCGUGUUUUUCCUACAUUUCACAUCGUGCUUUGCAGUGGAGACUUCGAUUGUUUUAUGAGUGGAAGCGUCGUGAGCGUGGAAGAAGUGGUAGGGGGACAACUUUUGGACGCACAAGUUUGUGUGCGUUUUUCUAGUUUUAAUACGUAACGCUUUUCCAGACUGAAAGCAACUGCUUUAGAAAAGAAAAAAAAAAAAAGAGAAAAAAAAAAGGAAAAAAAAACCACAAGGAAAAAAAAAGGAAAACAGAAAAAAAAAAAAAACAAAACAGAAACUGCUUUGCUUAAAACAGUCACCUGUUUCCUAGUACCUCAGAAUUAACCAAGGGAGAUCUCUGCAUUUGUCAGUACUACCUGUUGUUGUUGUGGUUAAAUGUAGAGAGACUGCUGGGCAAGGUGGUGAAUGGAGGAAGAAAAAAAAAAGUUUUAAAGAAAGGAAAAACAAAUUGUGCUUAAAAUCCCAGUGUGGGUUUUAUUUCUUAAAAUACUGUGAUUUUUUUAAUUAUUUUAGUAAAAAAAAAAAACAAAAAAAAGAGAGAGAUACUUUAAUUCCUAGAUAACUGUUUGUGAAUUGUCAUCCUUUAUUCCAGGUAAGCUGUUUGUUAGUAUUCAGUUAUAAUUUUAGUAUUUGGUAGAUUUCAUGUGACUGAUUGUGCGGUUUUGUUUGCCACACGUUUUGUUUUCUAUCAGCCUGAGGUGUUACAAAUACAGCACAAUUAAGUUUCUCAUGUAGAAAUGAGUAUUUCUUUUUGAGUGGGGAACAGGGAAAGGAGACUAGAUCUUGUGAAUAGAACCUUUUUUUGUUGUUGCUGUUGUCGUCGUUGUUGUCCUCGUUAAUUUUAAACAUAUGGAGAUAACAAAGAAGUUUUAACUUAAAAAAAAAAAAAGACUAAAGAACCAAA